GGAAACCCAGUGCAGACUGUGGAGGGGGACAGAGGGGGGAAAUGUUACUUUUCUCUCUUCACGCGCUGAAGCCGUUUUGAAGAGGGACGCUUUUAGGCUGGAAAAAACAUCUGAUGAAGGACGCGAUGAGGGCGGAUGAUGAGUGAGAGGAGGACGUUCUGUGGAGAAUGCAGAGAGGAAGCGGAGCCAGGAAGGGAGCUGAGGACUAUGUAGGAAUUUGUGACUGAAGUCAUGGGCUCAGAGGCAAUGGAGGACUGCGUGCAGGGGGCACUCUCGUCGCUCUAUCCGCCUUUCGAGAGCACGGCGCCGCCCCUACUCUCUCAGGUCUUCUCUGUCCUGGAGUCAACCUAUCAACACGACAGUCUCCGCUACCUCCUGGACUACUUCGUACCUGCCAAGCACCUCCUGCACAAACUUCAGCAGCAUGCCUGUUCUCAGUAUUUGGGAUGCUUAUUCCUGCACUCCGGCUGGCCCCUCUGUCUUGGAGAGAAAGUGGUCGUUCAGCUCUCCACCUUGGACUGGAGGCUUCUGCGCAGUAAUGACUUCUACCUUCAGGUGGUGCCCUUUUCAACACGCUGCCCACGGCUGGCCCUCAAAUGUCUGGCCCCUGGGGGUCGCACCGUGCAGGAAAUCCUGGUCCCUGAGUCCCAGCAUCCACUGGUGUUCACCUCCGAGUGGCUCCACAGCAUCAACAAAGAACGGGGCCACAAGAGAGAAGUUGGAGGAGGACUCGACACCUGCCUGGUCAGUACAUGUGAUGGCGUGGUACGACUGCCAUGGAAGGAAAUUGUCUACCCAAAAUUUCUCCACGACCCGUCUGAGGAGCUUGGCCUGGGUUCUAACCGCCUAUCCAGCGAGGGGGGCAGCAGCCUCGGUGGAUGGGGUGGCUCGUCCUCAGGUGACCCGGACUCCUGGUCCUGGGAUGAGGAGGAGGAUGAUGACGGUAUACCUCCAAACGGCAUGGACUCCAACCCUGCCAUCAGACGAAGGCGCAGCGAAGAUGGGCUAGGGCGGACUGCAAGGCAGCCUCAUAUGGACGGGGAUUAUGUGGAGCUUUUGGAGCCCAGGGGAGGACCUGAUGGAGGGGUUGAUCCUAAGCAGAGGUACUUGGAGAUGCAUGGGAUCUGUAAGACCAGAACUUUGCCCUUAUGCAGGAGGGGUAAGGCCAUCAAACUUCGCAAAGGAAAAGCUUGGGGUUACGCAAAGACAGAGAGAUCAGGAAGCUUUCGCGGUGCCUAUUGCACCAAGGAGAAAGAGGUAAAUCCAAAAGGUGAUUUGGUACCGCGAAAGCCUCCGUCAACAGUGGAAGAAUCUGCCAAAGUAAGGCAGUCUUACUCCUCUUCCACCCCUGACUUAGACGAAGGAGUUAAAACAAGCAGAGGCAACAACAGUCUGGAAAGACGCAGCCUUUAUUUUGAUGGUCCGCUAAAAGAGAGGAGGCCUGGCGUGGGCAAAGAGAGAGACUGCAACGGCUUCCCCCAACCAUCCAGAGACGGACGGCGAAGUAAAGACUCCCAGAGCAGCGACAGCUUAGUCGUGAAUGAAAUCUAUGACACGAGCCAUAAAGUUGGCCUCGAUGUCGAGGGCCAGUCGGAUCACGGUUCGCAUUCGGACUCUGUGUUUGAGGACGCAGAUAAACCUCUGAGCGGAGACAGCGAUGCCGUUACACCAACGUCGGACGCGCCGGACAGGCUGUUUACUGGAGUUUCUGAGCAAAAAGAUACAUCUACCAUUCAGUCUAAAACGAGGAAGUCAUCCGAACUGAAGGUCCCAGACGAAAAGGUUGAAGGAAGGACAGAGGACAGAGUGUGUCCAAGAGGAAAAGAAGUUAAAACGGCAGGAUUCAGAGCACCAAGGAGGAAAAGGAAGGGAAGGGGUGCAAAAGGAAAGGCUAGGUCUGGUGGCAAAAACCAAAAGGGCACAAAACUACAGGGUAAAAGUCCUCUACCAAGUCCUACAGUCCACUCUGCACCUGCAAAGCUGCCAGCCCCAGAGGAAAACAAGUCUGAGGAAACAGAAAAGGAUGACAAACCUGAUGGAGUGCCCACAACUGUGACUAAAGGGAAGGAAAACACAAAGAAAGGCAGCGGAGUUGAGACAGAAGACGGAUCCUUGCCUGUGUGCAAUGGCCCGUCAGGCACAUCUUCAUUUAACCACUCGUCUGAGGAGGCAGGAUCACCAGAGACGUGUCCUGACCAAAUAAAUGGUGUUACAUCCAAAGAGUCUUCACUUCUAAGGGAACUGGACACAGAAUUACUCCAGUCAGGGAAACUACAGCUGACCGGUACGGUGGACAGGUUGGGACGAGCUCUGGUUUUCACAGACGCAGAUGCCUCAGAGGAGGGGUUCUGCUCUGAGGAGAUGGCGCAGAUUCUUUUCUGUUACCACCGAAUCACGCGGCCUGAAGCCAAAGAGAAGGGGCUGACGGUGCUCAUAGACAGCCGACGCUCCCAACCAUCCACUCUCUCCCUUUCUGCGCUUAAACAGUACCAGGACUUGGUGCCUGGCGGUCUAGGAUCCGUCUUGGUUUUGGUGGAGGAGAAGCAGGAGUCCCUUUCCUUAGCUUUAGACGGGGCAGAGACUCACGUAGUACGGGGUACAGGAGUCCUCCAGCAAUAUGUGGACAGUCAGCAGCUCACCAAGGAGCUGGAUGGAGACUUCAGUCACAGUCACUCAGACUGGCUGGCAUUCAGACUGAGGUUGGAGAAACUGACAGAGCGCUGUGAGAGCGCCCUCUCUCUGCUCGGAGAAGCCCUGCAGUCAAUGGAGAGGGAGGAGAUGCCAAAUGACAUUAAGGCUGUUCCUCAGAGCAUUGACAAACACAGGCAGCUGAUGGCGAGCGUGCUGGCUGACCAACGCUUAACUGAACUGCAGCAGAGGGGCGGAGCCUGGCUAGCAGGACUGACCAACUGCUCGUCUGGGAUGGCACAGAGGUCGCCUGACUGCAGGGCCGCUCUUUCUGCCACUUCUAAACUCUACGACGGCGUGGACGAUGCCCUCCAUCGGCUCGUCCAGGUUUCCAACCGGAGAGGUCGUGAUCUGGAGGCACUGGGACGACUGGCAAGACUGGUGGACAAACUGGAAAAGUGUGACAAGGAGAUUGAGCAAGUGCAGUCCCAGCUGGAGGAUUACAAGGACCCUCCUCUGUCUCUCAGCAGGCUCUCCCUGAAACAGCAGAAGUUCAGGACGUUCAGAGAAACGGCAAAUGAGCUGCACGGUGAGACUCUGUCGGUGCUCAGCGAUCUGGAGGGCUGGUGCGAGCUGAACUGGGCAGGUCUCAGCAACAUCCAGAUCCGCCUUCCCCCGGUAAGGGAGAAGCUGAGAGACAUGUCCCACUGUCUGUCAGACUGCUGGACCACUCUGGACAACACACAGAGGCUACUGUCUACCCUGACGGAGGCGAGCCAGUGGUGCGACGCGGUCUCCUCUACCCCAGCCUCACCCACUACCUCUUCGUCCACCUGCCCUCUUGCGUCGCUCCCUCCAAUCCCCCCUUCUCGUUUCCAGGAUGCACGGUCCUUGGCCAUGGAGCUUGGAGGCGGGGCGCUGCUCGAUCUGUGGACCCAGACAGUAGAGCGCUACCAGCGGACUGUGGCACAGGUCAAGCCCCGAUUUCUCCACUCUGAAAGGACGCAGAACCAAAGCCAAGGGAAGCCCAAAACGCCCUCUGGCAGCAACUUUUGGGACCUGGUUGGGCCUGACGGAGAGAGCGACUGGGGGCUUGGAGCUGGAGGAGGGGAAGGGGGGUUACAGUCAUGGGGCUCCCUGGCGUCGCUGUUCAGACCACAAACCUGCUCCACAUUGAAGAUAGGGGAGGAUAAAGGGAACCGGAAAGAAGGGACGGGGGGAGGAAAUGGAGGUGGAGCAGGUGGAGCUGGUGGAGGGAAGUUCCUGCAGAACCUUCUGAAUCCAGGAAAGAAAUGUCCCACAGAGGCCCCGCUCCCUCCCAAGCCUCCCAGGAAGCGCCACCCCAGCUUUGACCUCCAGGCUCUCCUGGCGCCCCGCAAAGGCACCGCCAACACCAAACCAGAGUCCCCCGUUGGCGGGGUGAGCCGCAACUCGCCCCUGUCUUGGCUGGGCCGAAAGAAUGCACCUGACCCCGUCAUCACCACCAGCAUGGCUGCGGCCAUCCCUGGGUGGGGCCUCGGAGGAGGCGUGUUGAUCCGAGGUGUAGAGGUCAGCAGCAAAGAAGUGGUGGAUCACACGGGGUCGCCGCGGCAACACGUCCUGCUGGGGAGGACGGAGAGAGACAUGGGGCCGGACAGGACUGGGUCAACUGCACAGAGUAAACUCUACCUGCUCUGGUGCAGGAUGCUGAGCUCAGAGAGGCAGUACGUAGCGGUCCUGAAGGGAGUUGAGGAGACAUAUCUACCCCUGCUGGGGCUCCCUGACACCCCAGCAUCCAUCAGGGGGAAGGGAGACUCGCUCUUCCCCAACUGGAGCAGCCUCAGUGCCUUUCAUUCUCAGAAUCUGCUCCCCGCCAUGGAGGGAGCUCUUCUGCAGAGUUUGUUGCAACAGGACUGCUUCAGCAAAUACCGGGAGGAAUUUCUCCAGUAUUCCCACUACAUCCGCUCUAAACCAGACCCGGAUUCUCCGCUGGUCACGCAGGCGGCUGAUUUCUUCAAGUCCAAACUCCCCCAGGCUUCGCCCCUCUCCCCUCUGUCCUUCCCUUACUGCCUGCAGGCACCCGUUCAGAGGCUGGAGCAGUACUGCGAGGCCCUGGAGGAGCUGGGGGGUUUAAAUCCGGCCUCCGACUCCGCCCUCUACGUCCUGAGACACGCCCAGCGGCACGGCGAGGACCUCAGGGCCAGUGACCUCAUCGUCGGCUGUCCGAUCUCGGUGGCAGAACGCGGUGACCUGGUGAGGCAGGGUGAGCUCACCGUGUGCGGGGGUCCUCGGAGGAAGCGGGCCGGGGUCAGGAACGUCUUCCUCUACCAGCACGCCAUCAUCUUCACCAAGCUGAAGAGUCCGAGUCCGGGACGCACAGUCUACAGCUACAAGCACAGCAUCAAGACACAUGACAUGGGUCUGACUCAGAGUGUUGGUGAUGAGGGAGUGAAGUUUGAAGUCUGGGUGCGACAGGCUCCCCGGACCAGAGACUGCAUCACCCUUCAGGCCCAGGACAGGGAGGGGAGGGAGGCCUGGGCUCAUGACAUAGCCCACCUGCUGUGGACGCACGCCAUAAACAAUACAGAGUUGUGUCUGAAGGAGUCACUGUGCAUGGGAGUUUCCAGCAAGCUCCUGCUGGAUGCCACUGGAACGCCAGGAUCCGAGCUGGACUCUAUCAGCACCCUCAGCGACAGAGUCCACAGUAGCUGCUCAGACUCUUCCUCUGUCGGCAGCCAGAAGGAGGGGGGAUCCCCGGCGUCUGGGAGGGACCCCAGGUCAAGCUCCGGAUCAACAAGCUAUUCACAGAGUCAUUCUCCGUCUACAGCUGUGUGACUGUCAUCUCAACAAGAAAGCAGAAACUGCACUCAGGACUUUUUCGAGGCUUCCAUCAUCUCCAAACCACCUCAAAACUGGACUUCAGCGACUCCGUACGAACUUGACCAACAGGCCAGCGCCCUCCCCUUGUACCCUUCAACCUGCUCCGAGAGUGCAAACAAUGCCAGGGGAUCAGGCGCAGCUGCACCGCUCCGCAUCCAAACGGGAUCAAAAAAUGGCCCCCCCUGUUUAAAACCAUGACAAGCACCAGCGGGGGGGCUUCUCCGCCGCUCCGCCAUUUUGGGUCUGCCAGUCUUCAGCUGCUGGCAGAGUCACCGACACCGAAGGCACUUCAGCUGCACAGUGCGGCCAUUGUCUGCUCGGCAACUCCCCGCUAGGCCAAACCACUUGGUCUGAACCACUGACUGGCUGACUGUACUCGUCACAUGCUCUGGCAUCUGAUAGUAAACAGGAAGUAAUAUGCAGGGCGUAAAUGUGGCGUGGGAUCGCAGAUUUAGGAUGCAUUAUGUGCUUUAUCACCCUCGUAACGCUGAAUGGAGGACUGUAUACUUUUUUAUCUGGACCGUGGUUUAUUUGUGUUUGCGGCUCGGGUUAGGUGGGAUUGGAUCUAUGCAAAUGAAGUAACAAGCACACUCGCUCACACAGACACACAAUGUCCCCCGACACAUGCAGUCACUCUUAUUGUUAUCAGACAGUGGAGCACUGUUCACAUUCACAUGCCCUCUCUCUCUCUCGCUCUCACACACACACACUCACACACACACACUCACACACACACACACGUGCACUGCCCAGUUUAGAGCCUGGUACAGUGACUAAAUGAGGCGAGCUGACAUCUGAACACGUACAGAUGAUGAAGAACAGAAGUGGUUUCCAGUUUCUUAACUGAUGACAUAUGUAAGCAAAUUAUAUUGCUUUCUAUAAACAAUACUGAGAUUUUAAAGUAAUAAUGGUAUUUAGUCUUCUUGUAAGUAUAAGUAACAGUGCUGUGAUCAGUUUAUCCCCCUUACAGGUUCCUUUUUAUAUAUAUAUAUGUCAGAUCAAAGGAAAACUAACACCAGAUAAAUAGAACUGGCAUCAAAAACGUAUUUUCCAGGUUGAUCGUUUUAUGUUCAAUUCAAGAUUAACUGUGGAUAGAAGCUGAAAUACAGAACUGGAAUAGCGCCUGUUUGACAGCACGAAGUAGGUUAAAUGGUCCCAAAAGCCAACACAUCCGGUCAAGACCAGAUGAGGAAAACGUUAUUGGCAUCGACCAGUCUGGAAAGGGUGACAAAGCCCUUUCUACGACACUGGGACUCCAUUGAACCACGGUGAGAGCCGUCAUCCACGUACAAAGAAAACAUGGAGCAGUGGUGAGCGUUUCUAGAGACGAUUAGGGACUUAGCCAGGAGGAUGCAAAAGAACCAAGAACAACAUCAAGAGGACUUGUCUUUCAUGGGCACGUUUCAUUUUUCAACAAAAAAGGAAGUGACCAAGCAAAAAAUGGCCUACAUGAGAGAUCCCCAAGCUGAAAAAACCGCAGCUGGAUAAAAACAUUUACACAGAAGCUAAAGCAGGGCUUUCUGGGAAGCGGUCUGUCCCGCUACACCUGGGGUAAAGCUAGCACGGCAUUUGAGAAAAUCAGCAUCAAACCCGCAGUCAAUCGUAGCGGAGGUGGUGUACAGCUGCUUCAGGACCAGUCGCUGGAAGUGAGGGGAAAAUGAUGAUGGCUGGAUUCUCCGUCAGGACCUCCUGUUUGAGAACAGCUGUCGGUUUGGGACCUCAGGCCCAAGGUUAUGCAGCUGGACGACGGAGCGCACCCUCAGUGCCACCUCUGAAUGGCACUAAACAAGAACGUUUAGGAGUGGCCUGGUCAAAGCCAGGACUUAAAUCUGCCUGGUUAACGCUGACUUGACCUGAAACAAGGUUCUUCAAGCUUAAAAAAGCAUCCAAUGUGACUGAAUUAAAGCUAUUUUGCAGAUAGGAACGGGACUAAAAUUUUUCUAUGGUGAUGCAAAAGGCUCAAUACCAGUUACGGCAAACACCUGGAGGCAGUCGGUGCCACCGAGGGCGAUGAUGGCUGUUUCUUCCGUGAGACAUGAAAUCGAGAGAAAACGCUUUUUUGUAACUACGUUGGUUUAUCUAUAUUAAAACUUGUUUGAUGAUCUGAAUCAUUUAAGUGAGACAAAAAAAAAAAGAAAGCAAAAGCUAGAGGUACCUGUAAGGGGGCAACCCUUUUUCACAGCACUGUAUAUCAUCAGCAUCGUGGUACCUUAAGAAUCUCCGUCACUGUACUGAUAAGUACUAAUACAGAUUUGUAAUGCUAUGCCUUUUAUUGUAAGAUGCCAUAUUCUAUAUGCCAAAGGUAUAAAUGGGUGUCGGUGCAAUGUUUAUUUCUGUUCUAAACAAUAUUGACUGGUUUUGUUUCUCACCAAGUGUCUGCACUCUCCAUAAAAUGGAGGAAAGAGGAUCGUUACUUUUGCUUUAUUCUCUGUUUGCGAGUCUUAUUCUUUGAGCUGCGCGGACACGGAUAACAUUUGAUCGUUUUUUUACAGAGCACUACAACAAAUACGACCAGCGUGUUUGAAGAGGGAGGUUUUUGCAGAGUGGAAAUUUUCAGCUUUGCGGAGGAACUUUUGGGUUUAGCCAGCGGCUUUCCAGACGUUACAUUCGAAAGGGAAUUAUGCCCGUUCAGCAGAUAUGGAGGUCGAAGGAAGCAGUUAGCUUGUCUUUGCAUUGAGGCAGGAAGCACUGAUAAUUAAAGAUAACCACAUUUUAGCACGGCUAAAGGUCUCUCCAUACUGGGGAGGAAAAAUACAGUACAUGGUACAAAAAUUCCAAACAGAAACUGAGUUGCAUGAAUUAAAAAAAAAA